ACCAACCGGGCAGGAAAACCUAUAUUGCCGUUCUAGUUAUUCUUUCUUGGUUAUCUGCUCCCACCCGUCCUUUUUCGGCAAACUGCAGGAAGUUUGAGAGCAGUAAUUUGCUCUUCUGGAACUCCUGCUGUUCCAACCGGAACUCCAGGCUCGCCAUUCCCGACAGCAUCAGUUAAUAAGAUUUGGGGAUUUUGGGGCAUGCCGGGUUUCAGGGCUUAGUUGGGAGGAAAUGGAGUUCGCAAGAUUGAAUGGUGCAUACUGCAACCCCAGAUAAGUUAUAAACUAUCUUUGACAUAGGUUUAUCAAUAUCGUAGUAGUUAGUUCUCGUCGGGUAAUCAAGACAAUAUCCAGGGAACCAAUUAGGAUAUGCUACAUACUGCAACUCCAGUUGUGCUUUCCUUUGGAUAUUAGUGAGCUGGCAUUUCCAUCAGGCCUAAAGCAAAAACUAUCUAUGGGGAGAGCUGCAGUGCUGCACCUUCCUCUAGAAGUCAAGCUCAGUUGGACACGACAGCAAUAAUUUCAGCUUGAAGGAUAUGUGAGUACCAUUUUCUUCCAUUUCUUGUACUUCAGCAAAAACAAUUGAAGGGAGAUUGAGAUCAUCUUGCAGUUGAGAAAAAACUCUAAACUUUUUAAAAUUCAGUUUCAUAAACCUCUUCUUAUAAGCUCUUUAUUGGAACCAUAGUCUUUGAUCUCUCCUACUUUUUUCUGCUUAGUGUUGUUUGUUUGCUUUUAUGUUAAGUGUUUUUUUGGUACAUGGGAAUGGAAAAACAGAGACAAAACUAAGAGCGAAUAAAAGAGGUUCCUCUAAGGUCAGAGCAGAGAAAGGGCCUCAACUCGUCCGGAGGCUUCUCUAGAAUAAAAAGAUCUUGAUCUCCGGUAGCCUCUUUCUUUGCAAGCAAGUCAACACAAGCAUUUCCUUCCCGUAGGGUAUGAUAUAGGCAAACCUCCCAAGGUAGCUGGAUCAAGUCCUGGAAAAGACGAAUUUGUGUGGAGGCUGUGCAAUGCAUGAGGAUAAGGAAUCAAUAUCAGUUGUAGUGCCUCCGUGGAGUCACUCUCUCACACCAACCGGCGAAAGACCUGCUCCCAAGCAUAUUUCAAACCAUGAAGAAUGCCUGCCACCUCAGCUGAGAUGUUGUCUUUAAGGCCAAUGCUGCCAUAGGAAUCUACAAUUGGCUGUGCAAUGGAGUUUCCACAUCCUCCCCCAAGCUUCGUUUUCUGUAGCUCGCUGAGCAUGGGCAACGGAGUUGGACAACCAUGCAUAAGCUCUGGAUACGGAAUAGUGGUCAUCUAAGUUGGACUUCCAAGUAAUAAAACCUUGUGCCCUUGGGUGGACUCUCAUUUUGGCAUUAAGAAUGGCUUCCCUAACAUUAUCAUCGCAAGGAGUGGACAACCCACCAAAGCUUGGAUUGACAAUAACGAUGUCUCGAAUGUGCAAGUUGGAGUCGGAGAUGUGCAAAAGAGGAACCUGGUUACAUAGCCUCCCCAGCUGGUUAUGCCAAUGAGAGAACCAAACCAAGAACUCCCCAUUACCUACCCUAAGUUCUAAUCCUUCUUUAAGAAAUGGGCUGCCUUGAGAAUUGACACCCAAGAUGGAUCAAACCCACCAUAUGUUUGGGUAAGAAGCCUCGUCCAAAGUUUGUUCGGAGUGUGGGUUAGAUCUCAAACAGGUUCUCCCAAGAAGACAGCGAUCAUGAGUCAUGCUUUGCGGACCCCAAGGCCGCCAAAAUUCAUGGGGGCUGUGACAAUAUCCCAACCCGCCCAAUUUACUCCCAUUGUUUCCUUGUCCCGUCCCUAUAGGAAGUUCCUAGCAAUCUUGUCAAGGUGCUCAUAUGGUAAAAUGGAAUUCACGAUAGAACAGCCUUCACAAGAACCAGUAUAUUGGCCUUGUUAAGCGUGUUGCAUUUCGAGGCAGCUAGCUUAGAGUGCAAUCUGUCAAUGACGUCCUCAUACUUGGCUACUCUAUUCCUUCCACCCCCAGGCGCCUCCCCCAAGUACUCCCCAGGGAGUCUCCCAAGGUCAUAGGAAGGAUGCCUCUAAACUUCUGCUUAGCUUCUAGAACACCUCCUGCCACCAUUACUCUGGACUUCUCCAUGUUAACAUUCAACCCGGACAUAGCUAAGAACUCUCCAACGUUCCCUUGAUAAUGGGCAAGUCUUUUGGCGAGGCCUUGAAGAGUAGGAUGUCAUCUGUCGGAGAAAGCUAUGGCUCCUCUGUGCAUUUGGACUCACUUCCACUCUCUAGAGCAAACCUUAUCUUGAAUCAUGCUAACAGGGCGGAAAUGGUUGAGGUGCGUGGGGUUGUCGUCCUUGGGGAUGAGUGUUUCAACGAGCCUAGGAUCAAUCCGACCAAAUGUGAGUGGUUCACUGACCACUCUACAAGUGUCGUCGCCAAGCACACUCCAAUAUCUCUUGAAGAAAAGCGGUUGGAAUCCAUCCGGGCUGAGAUCGUUAAAAGCCUUGAUAAAUUUUAGUUCAUUCCAAACCUCAUCUUUAGUUAUCGGCCUCAAGAGAGCAACUGCUUCUUUGUUUGUUUAGGUGGCACCCAAGCCAUACUAAUAUCCCAAAGUGGUGACACCGUCUAGACAAAAAAGUGUCUUAAAGUAGCUUUGAUCCACUGUUUUCACGGCAGAUUAGUCCGUGCACCAAUCGUCACCAUCAAUGAAAUGCCCUUCAACCUGAUUCCUCUUUCUUCAAAUGAUUGUCUGGGUGUGGAAUAAUUUUGCACUCCCAUCCACAAGCUGGACAAAACUGCUCUUUAGACCUUUAGAACCAGAACCCCUCCUUUUGAGCCUAAAGGACCUCUCUCCUAAUGAAGACCUAGGAGCGAGAAAGUGGCCCCUCCAGCAAGCACCUAUGUAUCCCACUGAUGCGAGCUUUGAGGUGCCACUUGCAUUGGAAAAUAUUCCCAAACAUAUCCUUCUUGAAACGAGUUCAACCUUCCCUAAGACCCUGACCGCUUUCAGCUUCGAGAGGAUGUCUCCUUAAGUUCUGUUCCAAGCCUUGUUGACUACAUCAGCAAACCGCGAGCACAAAGUCCAUGCUGCCCCAAAGCAGAAAGACUUGUUGGCAACCCCCCGAGUAAGUCCACAUAACGGGCGAGGAGGGGCUGGUAGUUGGAGUAGUAAUGAGGUAGCGAUUCCACCACCGCUUCAGGAUAAAGCAUACGCCGCGCUAGGUCCUUUAAGGCCCUGUCCAGUCUCUCAAGAACAAUUUGGCUACCCAUGAGAGUCUGGUGCCUACCAGGCUUUCUGGCAUGAAUCCCCCCCCCCACCCCAUGCACUUCACUAGAUCUGAACCAAUUUUGCAUCAAAAUCAAAGACCCACAAAAAACACAGUUAGAAGGUCCUCUGUCCUUCAUUCAUCCGUAGUGGGCGGUCAAGAAUUUGAUGCUUUUUCAGACACCCAAUUCUCUCAUGGUAUUGAAAAUGUAAGUUCUGCAUUCCUUUCUAUGUAAAUAUGUUGACAAAAUAUGCAUGUCAAGUGUUUGAUGAAUUGCCUCUAACAAGUUUAUGUAUGCAGCAGAUUCAAGCUGAAAUCUGAACGUCAUUAUGCUUUAUUAUUUUUGGUUUAUCAUAUUUUAGUUUGAACUAGUGACUUCCUUGUGAAUCAUUCCCCUUGUUAAUGUUGUUAUAGUUGUUUACUGUUUAAUGUAUUGAUAUGUACGUUUUUCAAAAAAAAAAAGGUAUGGGAAGGAUAUUCCCAGUUGGCAGUAUCCAGCUGUAUGUAUAUCAAUUGCUUAUAAUCCUAAAUAUGAUGAAUUGUUUAUGCUAGUUUGCCAUGAUAACUUUGCUUAUAAUUGCUUAUAACUUCUAAACAAGUGCUUAAUGCUCCCAUCUCUUUAGAUGCUCUAUUUUUAAAGCAGCAUGAUGGAAAAGAGUGCCCUAUAGAGAUCAAGAACAACUCCAGAUACUAUCAAUAUUU